GUUGGGAACUUGAGGGAGAGUCUAGAGCAGGGGACUAGGCCCGGCUGGGUCUGAGUGCGACUGAGGCGCCCUGAGAGGGCUCCGUCAGCGCCAUGGGGAAGAGGGACAACCGGGUGAAGUGAGAAGCAUUUGCUGCCCACUCAGAGAAGUUCAGCCAUGGAUUUCACACAGGAUUGAAACCUUAAAAACACUAGGAAUGUAUGUGCAUUCUAAUGACACAACAUCUUCCCAAGAGGCUUAUAUGAAUCCCAUAGCAAUGGCUAGAUCGCGAGGUCCUGCUUCAUCUUCAGGACCUACCAUACAAGACUACUUGAACAGACCAAGACCAACGUGGGAAGAAGUGAAAGAACAACUAGAGAAGAAGAAGAAGGGUUCCAAAGCUUUAGCAGAAUUUGAAGAAAGGAUGAAUGAGAACUGGAAGAAAGAAUUAGAAAAACAUAGGGAGAAAUUGUUAAGUGGAAGUGAAAGUACUUCAAGAAAGAAAGAGAAAAAGAAAAAAGAGAAGAAGAAAUCCAGUAGGUUGUCUCCAUCUUCCUCUUCCUCAUCAAGCUCUGAUUCUUCCAGCAGUUCUUCUGAUUUUGAAGAUGAGGAUAAGAAACAAGGGAAAAGGAGGAAGAAAAAGAAGCAUCGCUCCUCACGAAGAUCAUCUGAAAGCUCUAGUUCAGAUUCAGAAUCGGAUAAGGACAGUUUGAAAAAUAAAAAGUCAAAGGAAGACUCUGAAAGGGAAAAGGAAACCAAAAGCAUUAGUAGGAAAAGGAAAAAAACAGACCGUGGGGAUGGCCUGUUAUCAUCAGAGUCCUCAUCAGAAUCUGAGCUUGGAGAGGAGAUACAAGCAAAAAAGAAGAAAAACAGUGAAGAAAAGGAGAGAAAUGAUAAAACAAAAAAGCGAAAGAAGCACAAGAAACAUGGGAAAAAGAAGAAAAAGAAGACAGCUAGCUCAAGUUCUCACUCAGAAUAACAUCAGCCAAGAGUCUUAUUUUUCUUAUCAUAAGUGCAAUGAGACUAGAAAGAACUACAACUGUGAAAAUUAUGAUGAACUCUACCAACUGCAUGAGCUCUCCUCCUCUGUGUGAACAAUAUUGUAGACUUUCAGCUUGCCCGGUGCCAUUGGGCUGGACAUAGCCAUUGAUGUUGCCUGAUGCUUAAUAUAUUACAUGUAAUACUCCCCUCCAAUAGCUUGUGUUGAAUGUUUUGAAGUAAGUCCUGCAGAAGGUUUAAAUGAUUCAAAAGCAGGGUGAAAUGGGCUUAUCGAAAAGGAUUUUCCCACUCUUGAGCAGUAAUGUACACAUGUAGCUACACCCAGGAGUCAGCCUAUGUUGUAAGGAAAAGAGCAUAUGCACACAUGAAAAGAACUAUAUGUGGAUCAGCUUCAUGUGCUGUAAUAAAUGGAGCAGCCCCUGUUGGUAGACACUCUGUAUAUACCUCAGAGCUACUGUUACACCCAUGGACCUUUUUAUUUUUAAAAUACUGGCGAUAAAGGUUUCCAUUCUGAAGAUUUUUUGCAGAAUUCCUCUUCAAAAGUGAACAUAUGACAUAGCAAGUCCUGUGACAUUUUCAUUACUACUGAUGCCAUUUUUGAAACAGGAGCAUGCCAGUAACCUACAGGUGUUACUUUUGUACAUAUGUGUAAUAUAAAUUUUCUCCCACUUUCUCAAGUGGGACAUGGGGUGUUCAUGCCUUCAAGGAUUAGAGGGCAUAUUUGAUCUUUACAAAGAGUAGCAGUGUUUGCUGAGACUGUCAAUGUGCUUCCAAAGGUGCUUUCAGAAGCCUUUUUCUUCUGAAUGUUAGAUUCCCUGAGAACAUUUCAUAAUGAAUGUAGUUCUCAUUAAAAUGAGUGGGAAUUGGAGAAGAACAGUUGUGUUGAUAAUCAUUCAAGCAAGGGUAGAUGGGUUGCCAUGUUACUUUAUGAAGCUGCCCCAUUCAAGUGUACAAAUAGAUUGUGUCUCAUUCCCAUCCUAUCCCCAUGCUUUCUAUGUGAACAGAGCAGGAGACAAUUGGCUAACCAUUCCUUUCUAGCUUGGUUCUCAGUUUACUCUAGAUCCAUAACAUAUGCUACUUGCAAAAAUGCUAACCUAAUGCAGUCUAGCCAACACCCAGAAUAUGACGACUUUACUCCAAUUGAUUUAAAAUAAUACUGAGUACUGUAUUUGUAAUAUGCAUAACAAUUAUUUGAGGUGGGAUUAAGAUUAUUUUCUGACAUUGCUUUUUUCCCUAAAAUUGUGUUAGAAUUGCAUGAUUUUGUACCAUUUUAAAAUUAACCAAUAGAACAAAAUGGUUGUAAUCAGUGGGUUUUUUAAAUUGUUCCACAUACAGCAUUACUUACAGGUAUUAGUUCAUACUUCAUACAUGCUUAUGUUUUAAGUGCACACUUGCUGAAGAUAUUUAGCAUGUAAAAAGCUGAGAGAAUUUCAACCAGCUUCAUAUUGAAGCUGAUUUUACUCUACGCAAGUUCAGUGACAGACCUGUUAUGCAACUAUGUCUUGAUAUGCAAAAUUACUGCCAGACACUUAGUAAAAAUCUGUUUUAAAAGUUCCCUCCUCUCUUGAUAUAUAUAUAUAUAUUGUGUGUGUGUGUGUGUAUGUAUGCUUGUGUGGUUUGGGGUAGAGAACUGGUCUAGGGUUAGUCAUAAUGGAUAUAUUUGAGUCUUAGAAUACAAAUCUGCAUUCUCAUGUACAAUGCUAUGUUUAAAGCUUGUCUACAGGCUGUGUUCACCACAGAACCAUGGGUUUCAAAUUAUUGUAUAGAAUAAGGGGCCUUGGUGGUGCAGUGGUUAAAUGCCAGUACUACAGCCACAAGGUUGCACAUUCAAUCCCAUCGGGGCUCCAGGAUCCGUUCAACCUUCCCUCCUUUUGUAGGUCGGCAAAAUGAGUACCCAGCUUGUUGGGGACAAUUGGUUUACACAUUGUAAACCACUUAGGGAGUGCUAGUUCAUUGAUAAGUAGUAUAGAAAUGUUAUUGCUAUUCCUACUCCUUGGAAGUUUAAGGACAAAAUGAGCAGUGGGAGAUGAAUGUCAAAAGUGCCCUCAGACACUGGAUAUGUUCUAGGAUACACUCUUAGUACAGAAUAAGUAAUGUCAAAUGCAAUAUGUCUGGUCAACAUCAUGCUCAAUCUGCACCUUAAUGUUUACAUAACUUCACACUAAUUUUAGACGUCUGGAAAGCUCAUGUCAUGGAUUCUUAGGAUCCUACCCCACUGCAAAAUUCUCUGAAACAGAGAUAGUGUGAGUAGGUCAGCUGCAUUUUCUACCCUCCUGUUUGAAUAAUCUGUCUAUACUAACCUCUUUGAAUAAUGUCUAAUGAAAGGCCUGAGGCAAUAGGCCCUGGGAACGAUGAAGACCUGCACGGUUUCAUUCAUUUUUGUAAUGAAGUUGUUGCUGAGAAGAUGCUGAUGCCAGUAAAAGGAAAAAAAACUGA